AUGAAGCAGAGCUGGGGACCAGUACURCUCAUCCUGGGAGUGGUGGUCCUUAUAGAAGGUCUUCAAGCAGCUCAGCGUGUCUGUGGGCAGCGUGGCCCUGGCCCCCCGAAGCCUCAGGAGGGCAACACAGCACCUGGUGAAUGGCCCUGGCAGGCCAGUGUGAGGAGGCAGGGAGUCCACAUCUGCAGUGGCUCCCUUGUGGCAGACACCUGGGUUCUCACCGCUGCCCACUGCUUUGAAAAGGCAGCAUCGACAGAACUGAGCUCCUGGUCCGUUGUCCUUGGUUCUCUGCAGCGUGAGGGGUUAAGCCCAGGGGCUGAGGAGGUGGGGGUGGCUGCCCUACAGUUGCCCAAGGCCUAUAACCACUACAGCCAGGGCUCAGACCUGGCCCUGCUUCAGCUUGCCCACCCCACAGCCCACACACCCCUCUGCCUACCCCAACCUGGGCAUCGCUUCCCCUUUGGAGCCUCUUGCUGGGCCACUGGCUGGGAUCAAGACACCAGUGAUGCUCCCAGGACCCUACGGAAUUUUCGCCUGCAUCUAAUCAGCCGCCCCACGUGUAAYUGUCUCUACAACCGGCUGCAUCAGCGGCUCCUGGCUAGCCCAGCUAGGCCGGGAAUGCUGUGUGGGGGUGCUCAGCCUGGGGUGCAGGGGCCCUGUCAGGGAGAUUCUGGAGGUCCUGUGCUGUGCCAUGAGCCUGAUGGACACUGGGUUCAGGCAGGGAUCAUCAGCUUUGCAUCAAGAUGUGCUCAGGAGGACAAUCCUGUGCUGCUGACYGACAUAGCUGCUCAUAGCUCCUGGCUGCAGGCUCGCGCUCAGGGGGCAGCCUUCCUGGCCCAGAACCCAGGGACUGUGGAGACCAGUGAUGAGGACAGCUGUGUAGCCUGUGGAUCCUUGAGGACCAAUGGUCCCCAGGCAGGAGCCCCCUCCCAGUGGCCCUGGGAUGCCAGGCUGAAGCACCAGGGGAGACUGGCCUGUGGCGGAGCCCUUGUGUCAGAGGAGGUGGUGCUGACCGCUGCCCACUGCUUCAUUGGGCGCCAGACCCUAGAGGAGUGGAGUGUAGGGCUAGGGGCUGAAACAGAGGAGCACAGCCUGAAGCAACUCAUCCUCCAUGGGGCCUAUACCCACCCAGAGGGGGGCUAUGAUAUAGCCCUCUUGCUGCUGGCCCAACCUGUGACACUAGGCCCCAAAGUGCGGCCCCUUUGCCUGCCCUACACUGAUCACCACCUGCCUGAUGGGGAACGUGGCUGGGUCCUGGGGAUGGCCCACCAAGGAGCAGGCAUCAGCUCYCCUCAGUUGGUACCUGUGACUCUUUUGGGGCCAAGAGCCUGCAGUCGUCUGCAUGCAGCCCCUGGAAGUGAUGGUAUCCCCAUUUUGCCAGGGAUGGUGUGUACCAGUGUUGUGGGUGAGCUGCCCCACUGUGAGGGCCURUCUGGAGCACCACUGGUGCACAAGGUGAGGGGCACAUGGUUCCUGGCUGGUCUACAUAGCUUUGGGGAUGCCUGCCAAGGCCCUGCACAGCCUGCGGUCUUCACAGCACUCCCUGCCUAUGAGGACUGGAUCAGCAGUUUGGACUGGCAGGUCUACUUCGCUGAGGAGCCAGAGCCUGAGAUUGAGGCUGGAAGCUGCCUAGCCAACUGGAGUAUGUGACCCCGAGAGUUUCCUGAUGAACUGCCUUUCUCUAGACUCCUCUCUCAAUCUAGGGAGAGCACUAUUCUAACCCACCUGUAGCUGACCUGGAUGGGGAAGAGCACUGGACAGACCCAUGUGGAUGCUAAGGAGUAGGCCUCUUAACCUCUUUGAACUUCAGUAUUCUCAUUGGCCACAGGAACCAAGACAGACACUACUUUUAAGGGAGGGAACUAAGUUGUGAGGAUGAAGCCAACCCCACCCUACUUUUUCACCUUGACAGGUCAACCAGCCAGCUGUUGACAGGUGACUCUCUAGGCUGUUCACAGGACKCGAGAAAAGUGAGGCAACUCCCACAUCAACUCUUCUGCCCCAGCCUCCACGCCAUGUGUAGUUCCAGUCCCUGAGGCAGCCCAACAGCUCAUCUGGCUAUGGGAAGAGCCUGCCCAAAAUCAGAAGAU